GGUAAGUGACCAAUCAGCGAGCAGGAUCUGCUCAGGAAACGCUCCCUGGUUCAGUUUCGACCUGCGCGACAGGUGCAAGGAGUCUGGUAGUGUCUUGCUGACAUCGUAUCGGUUAAAAAGUCGGAGAAGUAAAAAAAAAAAAUUGUAUCAUUUGUGAGGGACUGUCCUGGGAGCAGCGAUGGUUUGUGGCGGAUUCUCUUGCACCAAGAACGCACUAUGCGCUCUGAAUAUACUUUACAUUUUGGUGAGUCUGCUGCUGAUCGGAGUGGCAGCCUGGGGUAAAUGGUUCGGCAUGGUCUCCAGCAUCAGAGUGGUGGCAGGGGUCAUCGGCGUGGGUAUUUUCCUCUUCCUAGUUGCCUUUGUGGGGCUGUGCGGUGCCAUGAAGCACCACCAAGUCCUGCUCUUCUUUUACAUGAUGAUCCUGUUCAUUGUGUUCGUGGUGCAGUUCUCUGUGUCCUGUGCGUGUCUGUCCCUGAAUACAGACCAACAGAAGCACCUGCUGGAGAUUGGAUGGAACAAAUCUGAGGCCACACAACGGGACAUAGAGAAAACACUUCACUGUUGUGGCUUCUCCUCUGUUAAUGAAAGUGACUCAUGUGCUGCUAGUUGCUUUAACAACCCUACACAGCCUUGUAAGCCCUGCUCAGACAUCAUCCAGCAGUACGCUGGGGAAGUGCUACAGUUUGUGGGUGGUGUCGGUCUCUUUUUCAGUUUCACGGAGAUCCUUGGAGUUUGGCUCGCCCACAGAUACAGAAAUCUCAAAGAUCCACGAUCAAAUCCUGGAGCCUUUCUGUAACCACUCACAAUUUAAUAAACCAGAAAUGACGCUGCUGAAUACAUUUCCCCCUUAACUAUGUAAACCACCCUUUAUCUCUCUGUUUGUAUGAUUUAAAGCAAGAAUGAGGCUCUUGUUGAAUAGUUCUGUAAAAGUCACAGGAGUAGAGAAGAGUCCAAGUCAAAAAAAAAAACACAUUACUAGUGUCAGUUAGCAUGAGCCGCUGGCCACACGAGUCUGUGAGAGGCUAUAAAAUCCUGUACUGUUCUGACCUGAGCAAACAUUUUUUUUUUCUUGUUAAUUCAGUUUUCUGUUUGUAAGAACUGUUCUAUGAUAUUCUAUUUAUCAAAUGUCCACAGUGUCACUAUAUUAUAUGCUGUUUGGUUAUUUUCAUUUGAAUUGAUGCUUUGUUUGCUGCCGAGAACAUAAAUUGUGUUGUUUUUAUAGGCUUUUUUUUAAGACUAGUUUGAAAUUUUGGGACAUGUAUCUACUUAAUUAGUGAAAAUUAGAAGAGUGAUCACUCCUGUGUCUGUAUGGUACGUAUGUAGCUGGAGUCGGAAGCCAUUUAUCUUAGCUUAGCAUAACAGGGAAACUGUUUGCUUGGUUAUGUCCAAAGUUUACUAUAAGAGUUCUACCUACCAGCACCUCUAAAUUUCACUAGUCAACAUGUUGUAUCUUGUUUAAUUUGUACAAAAGGCAGUGUUUUACUGGAAGGUAUGUGCCUGCUGGGAUGACAAGGCUCCAAACUCCCGUGUUGUCUUGAUUAGCAGACAUUAGCAGGGCUGAUGGGUUAAUUUUGUUAUGUUUGCACAGAGCCAAACUAGCUAUUUCACAUUUUUAGUCUUUAUGCUAAGCUAUGCUAACUGGCUGUUGCUAUAGCUUUAUACCCACAGAUGGGAUGGUGAUACCAGUCUUCUACUUAAACUCUCAGCAAGAAAACAGUAUUUCCCAAAAUGUCAAACUAUGCCUUUAAGAGAAACCUGAUAAGUAUUUUAAUACGUCUCGUAGU